AUGCGAUGGAGAGCAAGGGAGAAUGGGGAGUGGGGUCGAUGCGGGUUUGAGGAACCUGCACCCGCGUGCUUUGGUGCUUGGCUUGCAGGGAUUAGCGUGUGUGAGUCAGAAGGCCGAGAUUUUGUGGGGCUAAAGAAACGGAAUGGGGAGAGUGAGCGAGGGCGAGAAGAUUUUUGGGAGGAAGCGGAAGAGGAGGAGGAGGAGGACGAGGACGAGGAGGAGGAAGAGGAGGAGGAGGAGGAGGAGGAUGAGGAGGAGGAGGAGGAGGAGGAGGAGGAGGAGGAGGAGGAGGAGGAGGAGGAGGAGGAGGAGGAGGGGGAGGAGGAAGAGGAGGAGGAGGAAGGGGAGGAGGAGGAGGAAGAGGAGGAGGAGGAAGAUGAUGAGGAGGGUGUGGGCUGA